UCCCUUCCCCGCGGUGUGUGGCUGUCUGUACUUUGGAUUUAAGGUGCUCUGUCCUCGCUGUGUGGAGCUGAGGGACGAGGGAGAGGUGCCCGCGGUGCUGGAGGCAGCCAUUUUGUGUGUGUGACUGGCCUUUCCCUUGCUGCCGGCAGUUCCCGUGCCCUCGGCUCCCGUUCCCAGGGGACAAUGUCCAGCGUGCCGGUGGCCGUGGUGACGGGCUCCAACAAGGGCAUCGGGCUGUCCAUCGUGCGGGCGCUGUGCCGGCAGUUCCCGGGGGAUGUGUACCUGACCUCGCGGGACCCCGGCCGCGGCCAGGCCGCCGUGGCACAGCUCCAGCAGGAGGGGCUGCGCCCGCUCUUCCACCAGCUGGACAUCGACGACCUGCAGAGCAUCCGAGCGCUGCGCGACUUCCUCAGGGACAAGUACGGAGGGAUCAACGUGCUGGUGAACAACGCCGGCAUCGCCUUCAAAGUUGAUGACCCCACUCCAUUUGCAGUCCAAGCUGAGGUUACACUGAAGACAAACUUUUUUGCAACCAGGAAUGUUUGCACAGAAUUGCUGCCUCUUAUGAAGCCUUAUGGCCGGGUGGUGAAUGUCUCCAGCAUGGUGAGCUGCUCAGCCCUGCGGGGCUGCAGCCAGGAGCUGCAGCAGAAAUUCCGCAGUGACACCAUCACUGAGGAGGAGCUGGUGCAGCUCAUGACCAAAUUUGUGGAGGACACCAAGAGAGGUGUCCAUGAGAAGGAGGGCUGGCCAAACACUGCCUAUGGCGUGUCCAAAAUCGGGGUCACUGUCCUGUCCAGGAUCCAAGCGCGGCUGCUGGACGAGCAGAGGAAGGGCGAGCACAUCCUCCUCAACGCCUGCUGCCCUGGCUGGGUGAGGACAGACAUGGCAGGUCCCAAGGCCCCCAAGUCCCCCGAGGAGGGGGCUGAGACCCCCGUGUAUUUGGCCCUCCUGCCUUCCAGUGCUGAUGCUCCUCAUGGCCAAUUUGUCAGUGACAAAACUGUCAAACCCUGGUGAGCUCAGGGAUGAGCUCAUUUUCCUGAUUUCAUUCCUAACUCCAUCACUCCCUUUUCCCUCUCCCCUGGGAUGGGUCUCAUGGAGCUGGGAUCAGGAAGCAGGUGCCUUAUCUCUCAUCACAGUAGAAUUUUCCAGGAUCCAGAGCUGUUCUGGAGGCUGCACAGGGGUUUGUAAAGAGUAUGGGGCUGUUCUAGAGCUGUGAUCUGUCUUGGGGGAGGCUCAAGACCAGAAUUGCUGUUGGACAGACAUUCCUUGCUAUCAGAACUAAAUGGAAUUAGGUGAAAAUAAAAAUAGCACUGAUCCAUCAUUUGUAGCCAAACAUAAUCAGUUGGUGUUAUUAAUAUAUCAAUAAAUAAUUACUGAUUUAUAUUCUGGUACUUAAUUAUUGUGGUACUAAAAGCUUCAAAACUCAAAAAAAUAUGUUUUCAUUCUCUGCAGCAGAGUUUGUGGCUGGGAUUUGUGAUGUGUGCCUUGGAAACAGAAAAUAAACUGCAGACCUGACACAGCAAA